CAACAGCUGCACUGAUGUUCCUUCUUGCGUGAAGCCUUUAGGACACUUAAUAGUUUCAACUGAAACAUUUGCUCAGUAAAGGGUGAGAGAAAGGCUGCUGGUUUCCUGACAGCAAGACAUCAAUCAUCAUGUCAGAAACAACUGUCACUGUAUACGACUACUAUGAUCCUGGAGUUCCAGAGCAUCAUCCCUGCGAAACCAGUAGUAUAAUUGGCUUUGGCACAGUGUUCAUCAUUGUUCUCUACUCUUUGGUUGUCAUCCUUGGCUUCAUUGGUAAUCUCCUUGUGGUGUGUGUCCUGGUGAAACAUCGUAACCAGACAACCAUGACAGAUAUCUGUCUAUUCAACUUAGCUUUGUCUGAUCUACUCUUCCUCAUUUCACUACCGCUCUACACGCACUACACUAUGGUCAAAGAGUGGACUCAUGGUGACUUUCUGUGCCAUUUUAGCGGUGGUUCCCUCAGUACCAGCUUCUUCUGCAGCACAUUCUUCAUGGUUGUCAUGACACUGGACCGCUACUUGAUUAUUAAACAUGACGUGAAGGUGACCAAAUACCGCACAAGGAGAACAGGGUUCAUACUCACUGUGAUUGUGUGGUUGCUGAGCUUCUGUGUAUCCCUUCCUUCUUUCAUCUUCACUUCAGAGAAAAUACAGCCGAAAGGGCUGGUUUGCAGUUAUGAACCAAAUAAUGAUGCCUGGCAGGUCUACAUUAUCUUAACAAGGAAUAUUUUGGGUCUGGUGCUUCCUCUGCUGGUUAUGGUGUUCAGCUACUCUAGGAUCAUACCUGUCCUGAUGAGAAUAAGGAGUACAAAGAAGCUACGUGUUGUAAAGCUGAUCAUUUCAAUCGUGGUUAUCUUUUUCUUGUUAUGGGCACCGUACAACAUUUCAUAUUUUCUGAUGUUUCUGCAUUUUGAUCGACAUCUCCUAACUGACUGUGACUCUGAGAAAAAUAUUAAAUUGUCAGUAAUAGUUACUGAGGCAAUCGCAAACACUCACUGUUGCUUGAAUCCCAUCCUAUAUGCUUUUGUUGGACAGAAGUUUAUGAGACGUGUCUUGCAGCUGAUGAAAUGUGUGCCUGGGAUUUCUAGGGCCCAAUGGCAUUCAUCAGACUACUCUUCCCGAAAGAGUUCAGCCAGGUCCUCUGAAGGCACCUUUAUCAUGUAGCGCAAAUUAUAUCUGUCCAAGAAUGUAGUAUUUUACUUUUUACUUGGAUAAAACUUUAAGCUUCAACUUUUCACUGCUCUCCCACAAUUCUUACAGGAAAUGUUGGACUUGUGUUUGUGCCUGUGUUUGUGUACAACAAUGUCUGCUACAUUAUGUGGUGGAGGGUCUCAUGAAUGUCGUGGCUCAGCCUUUAAAUUACAAAAACAAAGACCACAUGUGUGUAGUCCUCUCGAGAGUCAAAUGUCAGUAAUGUAUAUCGGAUCAAGCAGACCAAAUCAAAUUGUGUAUCACCAAUUUAUUUCAUGAUAUCUAUACCAAUUGGAUAUAAUCUUACUCCAGAUAUUUAAAUUUCUGCAGUCUCUGUUUUGGUGCAGAAAUCGCUCACAGACACUUUAUGAUUAUCAUGAAAGUUCAUCAUAAAGGGCAGGAAAGUACAGUGGUACCUUCUUCUUUUUAUUUUUUUUUGGUGUUGUUUACUUGUAUGUAUAUUGUGUACUAUGUCUUGUCACCGUGGGAUAGUGGGAACGUAAUUUCGAUUUCUUUGUGUGUCUUGGCAUGUGAAGAAAUUGACAAUAAAGCAGAUUUGGACUUUU